AUGGCUAGCAAGUUGCACAAGAUCGAGAUUCCCCAAGUGCUCAAAGACAAGGGCAAGAAAGCUCUCGAGGCGCUCGGCUACAACGUGGAAACUGCUACCGCAGGUGACCUGGUCAUGGGGAACCCGGCGCAGAAUGACAUGACGCAUCGCUACAUAGUAUUGGCAGGCUACAGCGACACCCUCGAUGGAACCGUGUAUGUUCUAGCUUACGCAGGUUUCAUUGACAACGGCCCGCCACGGCUGAACGAGUCUGAGACAUACCUUCUCGUCACGGACUCGGACGAAGUACGCCCGGCACCAAAGUAUUUCGUCGACACGAGUCUCACCAUCAAGUUCACCGCCAAAACAAAGCUUGAGUUGAGUGUGGACGGAUUGCGAUAUGACGACCGAACCGAACGGUAUUACUAUCACUUGGAGCGUAUGGAGGGAGAGUUGGCUGAGAAUGAUCUUGCGGCGAUCGUGGACAGUGUCGAUGAGUGGUAG